AUGUCUGGCAUUGUUCAUGCAAGCACGUCUCUUCUACGUUCUUCCUUUCAAUUUAGUCGACUCAUUGAUACAUUCCGAGACCUCUGCAAAGACCGUCUUCUGUUGUUCGCGUUGAGUCAUGACACACCUGACCUAGAGCAUUCUGUGAAGCAGCUUAGUUCAUGUACGCAAGAGACGCUUGGCUGUCUUUCUGGACCCUUACCUGCCAAACGCGACAAUCCAUUUUUCUCUUGCUCUAUUGCUGUUGUUGACAAAAAUGCUGGUACGCCGUUCGGUACAUUGAUUACUGGCGGAGGUCCAACACGAGUUGGGAGAUGGCAUACAUACGCUACAGAACGAAGGGAGCACAACGGUGACCUUAAUCCUUGGAACUCGCGUACUGAAAUAAACUGGAACGAAAUCUGGAGUCCCAAGUCUACAACGCAAUUUCUCCCACAAGAACUCAGGAAUGUGCGCGAUGUGCGUACGUUAGUCUACUUCUCCGAUGACUCGUCGUGGGAUUUCGCCACGGCAAUUCAUAACCAUCUCCCCCAAUCCCAUCAGCUUGGCAUUAUGGCCUCGCCAACCCCUUUUGUUACUGGACAGCCAUUCACGUUAUUUCGUAAUGGGAAGAUGCAAUCUACUGGAGCGGUUGGGAUUGCACUGCAGACUGGACUAGUCAAGAAUGUCCUAACCUUCGAUGGGCUUGUACGACUAACUCAGCCCUUGCCCAUCAAGAGAGCAGAGGGAAACCUCAUUCACGAACUAGGAGAUUCUUUACCUGCACGUAUUCUUCUGAAAGCUAUACAAGACGUCGGGUUACCAAAUGAUUUGGCAAAGAAUGUGGACUAUUAUAUUGGUAUCCGAGACGCGGGUAUGGUGGACGAUAUUUCCCCGAGGUUAGGUCGAAUCAUCGCUGGGAGUCCGUCAAGAGGAUCAAUUGCGGUUGAAGAUGUUCCUGCACCACCAGUUGGCACCUCCAUCGAGUUCUACUACCGCCCUAAAACAUCACCCGUCCAAUUAUCAGAGAAUGUGUUACAGCACAACACAAACGGUUCAGAUGCGUUGUUUGGGGCAAUCGUCGACAACGCCGAAAGUGCUCAAAUCAACAACCAAGGACAGACGUUGCCUGGAGAAUUAAAAGAUCUUCCGUUCGAGACGUACAAUUCUUCAUUCAUCACCUCUUCCGAGUGCGGAUUGGUACUCAAUACCGACGGAUUGAGGAGAGCGACUAUGCCUUGGAAAUGUACAGUCCCGAGUGCCUUUAGUGGUCUUGUUAUUCCAAUGCGAUGACAGGUAAUGCGAGCAGAGUCUAUUGGUUCAUUGUAAAGUUAGAGUUUUAUAGUACGAAGUCGUGAGAAAACACAACUAUACAUGUCCUUAGACAUUUAUAAGGAUAAUUGGUUUAUGCUUAUUAACGAGAAUAAUAGU